AUGCCGGUUUAUGCAAAAUUUCUAAAGGACUUGUACACCCAUAAGAAGAAAAUAAAGAAUGAUGAGUGGUUUGAAAUUUGUGAGGAGGUUAGUGCUAUCUUGCAAGGACGGAUCCCCCCAAAACUCAAAGAUCCAGGGAGCUUUAAUAUCUCUUGCACUAUUAGUGAGAAAGUCUUUGAUAGAGCUUUGAUGGACCUUGGUUCAAGUGUUAACAUUAUUUCUUUUGAGACUUUUCAUAAACUUGACCUUGGGCCUAUUAAAGCUACUCCUAUAUAUUUGCAACUUGUGGACUGGAGCAUUAUUAGAGCUAUGUGCGUUGUUGAAGAUGUAUUAAUUAAAGUUGACAAUUUCUACUUACCGGCGGAUUUGGUGGUAUUGGAUAUGGAUGAUGGAGCUCAUUGUGACAAGGACAUACCUAUCAUUCUUGGUAGACCUUUUAUGGCGACCGCGGGGAUAAAAAUUAAUGUUCAAAAGGGCACUAUCAAAAUGAAGGUGUUGGGUGAAAAAGUAUUACUCAAGAGGCUUGAACCCAUUUACCCUCCGGAUGUGGUAAAAAGUGUGCUUUCUAUUAACUUGGUCAAGGGAAAUGAAGCAAAGAGAGAUAGAAUUUUUGGCCCAUUGAACCAAGUUGCACACCACAACCAAGAGUCAUUGGUAUCCAGUUCUUCCUCUAAUUUCCAAGUGUUUUCAAUUUCUACUCUUGAUGAGCUAAAUGUGAAUGCAAAUCCCCCAUUGAGUGAGGAGCAAAAGAAUCAAAUCAAGACUUCAAGACAAUAA